AGACGAAAGAAAGAAGCCAAAUUGAAGAAAGACAGCAAACCGAUCACUUUACCACCGCCUCCCGUGUGGCCAGCUCGGCUCAAACCCAGAACACUCACCAAACCCAUUCCCAUGUCAGGUAUGGAGGGGAGGUCUGAGGCAAUAGCAGAGAGGAGGAGGAAGAGGGAGGAGAGGGAGAGGGAGAAAGAGAGGGAGAGAGAGAGAGGGAGAGGAGGGAGGAGGAGGAGAGGAAGGAGAGGGAGCAGAAAGAGAGAGAGGCUGUGGCUGCAAAACGAAGAGAAGAAAGAAGACUAGCAAAACAGAGAGAGGUGGAGAGGAGGGAGAGAGAGAGAGGGAGAGAGAGCAGCUGGCUGUGGCAGUAGUCCACUACACCAGAGGUCUCCUGAGGACCAGAGGACUGGGGGCAUGGCUGAGGUUCAUGGAGGACAGGAGGAGAGAGAGGGAGAGGGCUGCCCAGUUCCACACACACUGGAGGUUGAGGUGUUGUCUAUGUAAGUGGAGGGAUGUGGUGGAAGGAAGAGAGAAGGACCCGAGAAGAGACUGCUGGCGAGCUCCACCAGAAGAUGCUGAAAAGAAGAGCAUGGAACCAUUGGAGAGAGUACAUGAGGGAGUGUUGGAGGCUGGAGGCUGUGAGCCAGGAGAUGUCCAGAGAGCUACUGAGGAGAGCGGUGUUCAGAGGCUGGGUCAGAGUGACUGCCACUGCCCGCAGACUGGACUGGGAGAGAGAGAGGAGGGCCAAGAUUCACCACCACAGACAGCUGAAGGAGAGGGUGUUGAGAAGAUGGAGGGAGUAUGUUCCUCUGGCCAGAGAGGAGAGAGAGAGGGAGGUCCGCAGAGCUGGUCUCAGGAGGAAGGUCUCCCAGUGGCUCCCCGACUACCAGCCAAUGGACUUUGACCAGGAGAACCAAUGAUUGCUAAAAGAGCUAUAUAUAAUGGAUGUGAUACAUGCAGCUUGCAAAAAAGUAGCUACCAUCACCAGUAAAAUAGAAGAUUUGCCAUCCACAAUAAUUGAUCG